AUGAUGAUCUUAAUUCUUGGUGACCUAUGUGUCAACUUGUGUGGGAAGAGGAGGCACGGUCCCUGCCAAAAUGCCGACCCUAAGGGACAUUCUGACAUCUGCUUUGACAUUGGUACCCCUCCACUCGCCAUCACGAAGUUGCCUGCCAAGGUAGCGGAGGACGACCCGAGCUUCGGUGGUACGAUAUUGAGUAAUCCUGGCGGUCCCGGCGGCUCGGGCGUCGGAUUCAUCCGUAAAUAUGGUCGGCACCUUCAGUCAGUCGUUGAUAGAGAGAAGCAUUGGGAGAUACUAUCGUGGGAUCCUCGAGGCGUGGGCGCAACCACGCCAAGGGUUGACUGCUUUGGCACUGUCCUGGCAAGGGAUAGGUACUUCGUUGAGAAGCACGGCAUUGGCGCCAUAACCGCGGCCGAAGACGUUCUACAGCGUCAAUUCGCAGUGACGGACGCCUGGAGCAGCCUAUGUCAGAACGCUGAUCAGGAAAUCGAUAUCUUGCCCUACAUUACAACUCCGUCAGUUGCAAGAGAUAUGGUGGAAAUGGUCGAUCGUAUCCAUGACCUCAGAACCGAAGAACUUGCAAGAAAGGCCGCGAGCGAAGGCGCCAAGCAGGUUCCGCUCAUGGCAGAGAUAAGCGGCUCUGGACCCCCUCGCUUGAACUAUAUGGGAUUCAGCUACGGAACGGUUCUUGGAAACUACUUCGCCUCUAUGUUCCCGGGCCGGGUUGGGCGCGUCCUUGUGGAUGGUGUCGACGACUCUUACGAUUAUUCUUCGGCUAAGUGGCUUUGCAAUCUGGGUGACACCGAAAAGGUUGUUGAUUUCUUCUACGAGACUUGCUUUGAGUCAGGUGAAAGAUGUCCUCUCUGGAGUCAAGAAGACGAGGGCCCUACAGAUAUCAAGACGCGCAUCGAUAAGUUUAUUUCCGAUACGGACGCCAAACCUGUACCGUACAUUGAUGGCUCGGACGUGUUUGCGAUUACCGGAAAUGAUAUACGCCUGUCCUUCCGAAAUGCGCUGUACUCGCCUAUCGAUGGAUUUGAGCCGCAUGCACAGCACCUUGCAGAAGCUUUGAAGGGCAACUUUACGGGCGUCGUUAGCUCUAUUGCCGUUCCCCGCUUACAAGAUGCAUGCAGUGUUGAUGACUCGAUCUUUGAGCAGGGCAUGGACAUCACAGCAGCCAUUGCCUGCAGUGACGCAGAGGAUCAGACGGACCACCUGUACGACUCUUCUUUCUUUGCAGACUAUGUCACCGAGCUUCAUAACCAGUCCAGCACAUUUGGAUCAAUGUGGGCGCAGAUACGGCUUGCCUGCUCUGCAUGGCGAAGUCGAGGAAAGUGGCGGUUCUCCGGGCCUUUCAAGACGCCGCCUGCAGAUCCAUCUCUUAAAGAAGGCGUUCCGGCAGCUCCGCUCCUGUUUAUAUCCAACAGAUUAGAUACUGUGACUCCUCUUGCCAAUGCGUAUCUCAUGUCCGAAGGACAUCCGGGAUCUGCGGUCGUCAUACAGGAAGCAGCUGGCCAUUGUGCUCUUGCAAAAGACUGGAGCCCCUGCUUAAACGACAUUGUCAGCGACUACUUCGAGUUUGGAAAAGUACCUGAGACUGGCACAGUGUGUGAGACCGAUGCAGGUUGCAGGCCUUGGAGUAAAGAGCCGUGCGGCAUCGACAUCAGUGCCCUGGGCAGUAACAACAAUCGUCUAGACCACCGGAGAAACCCAUUCAGACCUCUCGAGUUCUAA